CUUCCAGAAAUAAUUUUACUAAAAAUUAAUUUUAUCUUCAACAGACUUCAACGAAAGUCACUGAAAGUCACGAAGACUUCUCUACAUACAGUUUUCACAAAUAAGGCGUUGAGUGCACUAUCAUCUGCUGGUAGAAUUACAAAAAUAUGAAUUAUAUAAUAAUUGCUAAACAAUAUUGUUAAUACAACAUUAACGUACGUGUGAUAAUAUUUGAUUUUUACAAAGUAUUAAAAGAAAAUAAGCUAAAAAUCGAUAGUACAUCGCCGAUUUUAUCCUUUAGAGAAAUACCUGUUCGACAAUAAGGAAAGCAAUAUUGGGGCACAGUACAGAUUGUAAAUGUAAAGGAAAGCUAAUCAGCAAUGAAUACAUCAACUCCUCAAAUAUUCAGUAUUGAUGAAUGGUACAGGAACAAUCAAAGGCGUUUUAAUCAAUCUGAUGUUUCACGAGCAGAAUGGUUCAGAAUUUGCCAACAAAGCAAACAAUUAGCAAAAGAGAAACAGAUUCUGACUGAUACAGUACAAGAUGCCGUGACUAAGAAAAUUGCAGACAGAGCUAAAGAAACAUAUGACUGUCAAAAAGAUUUAGAAAAAACUAUUGAAGAGUUAACAACUGAAAUAAAAAAGUUGUUGUUGGAAAAGAAAAGGCUUGAAAAUGCUAUUAAUGAAGUCCAGUUAAGUCUGAUAGUGGCCCAGGAAAGUCUUGACCUGAGGGAUCAAAGAAUUUCAUCAGAUUUGGUACAUGAUAGAUUACAGGAAGAACUUCACAGA